AUGGUGAUAUCUGAGGAAAAUGAUCCUCCUUGGGUCUUCCUGGCAGCCUAUGCUAGCAAAGACUACAGAGAGCGAAAGGUGCUGUGGGACGAGGCCACCAGUCUAAUCCCGCAGGGAUAUCCAGUGAUGGUUGUGGGGGAGUUCAAUUGUAUUGAUGGCUCGGAUGAGAGGAGGGGGAGAAAGCCUUCAUCAACAAAAGGUCUUGUGGACUUUCUGGUGAAAGACAAUGGUUUCAACCAUGACCGAGUAAUAAAGGCAAUAGAAAAGAUUAAAGCAGCAAAGAAUAAAUCCUCCCAAGGGCGACUGGAAUCCUUUUUUAAGCCAGUUGUGAGUGCAUCCAUGUCUCUUAAACGGAAGGAAACAGCAGAGAAGGUAGCCAAAGAAGCAAGAAACAAGAAGUCUAAGACUAGAGGUGGGAAGAAAUAAUAGUAUGAAGUGCGGUCAAGAUAUGAAAGUAGAAGGGCAAGUUCCAUUGGGCAGAUCAGAAACACUAAUACAUGCCUGUGUUUCUUGUUUUUCUGUGUAUAGCUGUCGCAAUCAUCAUGCGACCGUAUGUAGAUUUUGGUAGUCUUGCUGUUCAUAUCUAAAAAAAUUUCCUGUUAGUACCGCACUUAUGUUAGGAUUUGCAAAUUAGAAAUCGCGACAACAAUUGAGAUACCUGCGUAGCUGUAGGGAUCAAAGGCACGAUUUGCUAACCUUGCCCUUCUAGGUUUUUAGGGUAUGAGCUGCACCUAUCUUUUGAGUUCUCUGAUCGUCGUACUUUACCCAAUAACAUUCGUACUCUUAUCAUCUUCCUUCUAUUGCCACUGAUCAAAAUAAUUUGUUAGGUAAUCUCUUGAAUCACCAUAGUUUUGCACCUCUGGAGUAGUUCUGAGAAGCGAAAAUGUUGCCUUUGCCGGAAGCUGCCCAACAACUGAAACACAAGCAAGUCUCUACAGGGAUAUGGCGAUGUGGAAUGCCAUC